GGCAAACAGGAUCUUUAGUGGAGCGAACUGUCUUGACGCCAUGGCACGGAGCAAUGCAGUUGGAGACAGUACCCGUAGAUGACAUUGCUGAAGAAGUUGAUGCUGCGGCCCAGGAUCGUGAGCAGCUUAGACAGGCUCGUGCCUUGGAGGCACGAUGGCGCUGGGAAUCUCUUCUGGAGGACGCGCCACCUGCUCAGCUCGAGGAGAAACCUGCCUCAAUCGCCCCACCAGCAGAGCAGCUGCGAGAGGCAUCCCAGGGAGUGCAGGCACGCCGCGGCGUGAUCCGCUUCCUCUAUCUUGUGGUUGACCUUGCCGAGGCCGCGCUCCGUGAGCGGCGCUGGGAGCUCCUGGUGCAGCAAAGCAGCCAGUUUGCUGAACGCUUUGUCACCGAGAACCCGCUCUCGGAGUUGGGACUUCUAGCCUUGCGUGAUGCCAGCUGUGAGGCUUUGGCACCGCUUGGGACGGCUUUCACUGCAGCCAAGCUGAAUGCCAUAGCAAAGGAGGCGAAGGGCCGCUGUUGCGCUGUUGCCGCCUUGCAGCGAGCCCUUCAGGGGCUUCAAGACGUACCUUCGUAUGGCGUGCGUGAGGUGCUGAUCCUGCUAGCCUCCGUGGCUACUUGCAACCUGCAAGAGCUUGCCAUGGAGGACCUUCUGCCAACUCUGCGAUUGAAGAACAUCCGGGUGUCGGUGGUUUCUUUGAGUCCCGAGAUCUUCGUCCUGAAGAAUCUUUGUGUUGAGACUGGUGGUCGCUUUGAUGUGGCGCUCAACAAGGCUCAUUUUGAGGAGCUGCUCUUGAGACACCUGGUGGCACCCAAGAUCGAUGGCAAAGACGUGGCCCCACAAAUGGUCCGCAUGGGCUUCCCAAGACAGUUGGAAGCAGAGGCUAGAAAGCCAGAGGCAUGUUGCUGCCAUUGUCAAGUGCAGAAUUCUUUAUAUAUUUGUCCUCAGUGCAACGGUCGCAGCUGCGGCUUGCCCAGCCGAUGCAAGAUCUGUGACUUGCCCUUGGUCUCAGCCUCCGUCCUGGCAAGAGCAUUUAGGAGCGUGGUGCCACUAGCACCAUUUGCAUCGGUGGCGAUGGGCCUUGCUUCGCGCUGCAAAGCUUGCCACCGAUUCAUGGAUUCACUAGGUGCUCGGUGCGGAACUUGUCAGCAGGUCUUUUGCCAGACUUGUGACAGCUUCAUUCACCAAGUCCUUCGACAAUGCUGUGAGCCUUAGAGCUCAUUAGGGGCAGAAGGCAUGUCUUUAUAACUGUCAAUCGCGGCGUUUGAGCUUUUACUUUCAAGACAUGUGAUGCCUAAUAUGUAGAGGACGCUACUAGGAGUAAAGGGCAUCGCUACUAGGAACAAGGACGCUACUAGGAGCUUUUGCGGCCAAAGCUGGGCAGUGUCGGAGUCUCGCU